AGGAUAUAAUGACCUUUCUUGGACAUUGUUGAAGGCCACAAAGCAAAAUGAUUCCAAUCAUUCCACAGAGAAUCAUGGCAGGCUUAGAGCUGCGCUUGGUGUGAUGCAUCAGUGCUUUGCAUCUCUUGAGGAAACUGGAAGCAACAGGGAUCUUGUGGAAGAUAUAAUUUUUAGUCAAUGGUCUGAGCUGAACCGUUUGAAUUUUCAAGGAUUCUACACUGCAAUCUUGGAGAGGAGUGGUGAAGUUGUAACAGUGGCUACAUUAAGGGUUCAUGGAGAAAAGGUGGCUGAGAUUCCACUUAUUGCCACACUGUUUAAACACAGGAAACUGGGAAUGUGUCGAGCUCUGAUGAAUCAGCUAGAGAAGAAACUUGCAGAACUGGGAGUGCAGAGGCUAGUUCUUCCUGCACUUCCCGAUGCGAUGAACACGUGGACUGGCUCGUUUGGGUUCUCGGUGAUGAACAAAGCCGAGAGACAGGGCUUCCUCGACAACACAUUCCUUAACUUCAAUGGCACCAUCAUGUGCCAGAAGCUGCUGCAAUCACAAAAAGAAAACGACGAGCCAACAGAUUCUGAAGCAUUCCUGCCUGUAGAAGAAGUUGAACUUUCUGGGCUUUUUUAUCUAGAAAAGGGGGGGUUCUUUAGUGAUUUUGAUGAGGUGAAAGGUGAUAUUUAG